AAUUGGUAGAGGAGGAGUGACAAAUGAAGAAUUCUAUAAUAAGUUACAAGGCUUCAUGAAAUCCGCUGGUGGAAUUAAUUUAAAUGAUAUGGAGUGUUUGAUAGUGUUGGCGGUAGAAGUAGUAAUAACUGUGACAAAAUCGGAAAGCCACCAAGUAAAUUCAAAGGUGGUUCAUUUCAAGUCAGAAGAAUCAUCAGGUUUGGUUGUGGAAGAAAUGAUAAAGCGUUUAGAGAAUAUGGAACUUAUAGAAGAUAAUAUAGUUGAGAUGUGUAGUGAGAAUGGAUGA